AUGUCUACACAUGGAGAAUCGUCAUCCAAGGCUGAUGAGACUAAACCCUCAGAAACCACAGCCACCAGUAACAUUCGUCUCAAGUUUGAUGGACUUCCUAAACUACAAGGGCAAUCCAACUACCAAACUUGGGCGAGUGCCUGGAGGAUAACGUUCGAUGCUGUAGACUGGUGGGAAGCGUUGAGCAUCGAGAACCCUGACGAGAAUGACACCGAACUCAGCAAAACCGAGAUAAAGAAAGCUCGUAAACAAAUGCACAGCCUUCUCAUCUCUGCUGUAUGUGAAGAAAUACAACCAACAGUCGUCUCCGCCGAAAAUGCAUUCUACGCAUGGAAGGCGCUCAAAGACCUCUACGAUCGUGUCUCACCCAACACCACGAUCACCCUCCUCAGCCGCGUCCUAGACACGAAGAUGCAAGAAGGCGGAUCACUGACCGAGCAUCUCGCAAACUUCGAUGCGAACUGGAAUACUCUCAAGUCCAGAUGCCAAAGCGCAGACCACAAACUCGCUCAGGCCCUCCUACCCCUCACCAAAUCUAACGAAGCCAUGGCGGCAUUCCUCCUAAGCUCGCUACCCAAAUCGAUGAGCAACGUUGUCGACAACAUCCAGACCAAACAGGAUGUUACCUACGAAGACGUUCGCCAACGACUACAGAACCUGGAUGAGGUAGCCCCUCAAACAGGAAACAAAGUGCUCCAUACCAGGAGUACUACAAGCGACAAGGAAUGCACCUGGUGCAAGAAAAGGGGUCAGCCUUACAAAGGCCACGAGUACACGGAGUGCAGAAAGCUCAAGGAACAGAACAAGAACAGGAAGGGAAGAAGAAAGGACAACUCGGCAUCGGUUGUAGUAAAUGACACUACAACCACUAUCUGUAUGGUACGCCACGACAACUCCCAACCCCUUACUUGGAUCCUUGAUUCUGGAGCAACCUCUCACGUCACACCCUUCCAAGACCAACUCAUCAACAUCCAACCUCACACCGGCAAUGUCCGAACAGCUGAUCGAACCAACCACGCUGUCACCGGAAUGGGAAGCGCUAGUUUCAGCUGCCACCUUCCCGAUGGAAGCAGAUCUUCCAUACUCCUCACCGAUGUGCUGUUGGUCCCAACCUUGGGAAAUGUGGGAUUGGUCUCCGAAACCGUGCUCGACAAAAAGGGAUUUAGAACGGAGUCAGGAGGAGGAAGCAAGUUGGUUACAAAAGAAAAGAAAGGAAUAAUUUGGGCAAAAUUGGAGAAGGGACUUUGGAAUGUACAAGUAGUUAGCAAUACAGUUCGUUUGACCACUUAUGAUGAAUGGCAUCAAGCGUUAGGCCACCCUGCGACACUAGAAAACUUGUAUCACGACAUUCAAAGGCUGCCUCCCAAACCAGAAAUUUUCCACUGCAGUCAAUGUGCACUAUCAAAGAGCGUACAUAAGAACCCUGCACCAAUUAGUACUAGAUCCAAACGACCAUUCGAACUGAUCCACUCAGAUCUAUCUGGAAAGUUCAGCAUACAGUCACAAGGAAAAGCUCAGUACUAUAUGUCCUUCAUCGAUGAUUUCACCCGCUUCGCUUGGAUAUAUCUCCUGAAACAGAAAGAAGACGCAAAGAAGGCCAUCAAGGACUACGUUACCAGAAUCGAGAAACAGUAUAGUACAACAAUACUGAGAUUCAGAACGGAUGGUGGUGGUGAAUACAUCAACAAGGACAUAACGAACUACUUCGACACACAAGGAAUAGUUCAUGAACAGACUCCCCCAUACACUCCUGAGUCUAAUGGAGUUGCAGAACGAUUCAACAGGACGGUAACCACAAUGGUCAGGUGCAUGAUCAUGGACCAUCCUAAGUCGUUAUGGGGAGAAGCAUACACAACAGCUGUCUACCUUAAAAACAGGCUACCACACAGUACGCUUAAGGGAAAGACCCCCUUUGAAGCCCUGAAAGGAACCAAGCCAAGUAUACAACACCUUCAACCAUUCGGUAAAAAAUGCUAUGUCCACAUCCCAGAAAACUCUAGGCCAGCAGGAAGCAAACUAGCACCCCGAGCGUAUGAAGGAAUUAUAGUUGGAUACUCAGACAGUAGUAAAAUAUACCGUAUCUGGAUAGGAACACAACAUAGGGUAAUUGAAAGUCGGGACGUCACAUUCCCCCCUCCUGAAUCAGGGGAAGUCUCAGUAAAACUCGACUUCAUCCCCAGCCUGAAACCAGAAACGGCAAAUGCACCAUCAGACGACGGAUACGAAUCAGAAGACAGGUCUGAUCCAGAACCCGAGUCAAAUGCAAUUGAAGAGAACCGUACAGAAAUGCCAGGAUUGUUCCCGGAAUCACCGGAACAGGUUAGACAACCACCACCGGCUAAACCACACAAGGGAAAAGAACCUGCCAUACCUAUGGGACAACCGCGAGACCCAAGAGAUAACUGGGAGACAAUUCCAGCACCAGUUAUACCAUUCAAAGGUUUCAAAGGAAAACCACUUGCGUCAACGACACCCAAAGGUACACCACCACAACCUCCAAGACGAUCGAAUCGCGUCCGUAAGAAAAUAGAUUAUGAACUUGAUAAGGAAAUAAGAAGGAAGGAAUACAACAACAAGGUAAUACAGCUACAGGAGCAACAAAAGGGGUACAUUGAAUCAGUAAGAGAGGACGGUCCAAUGGAUGAAGGCGAAUGUCAAGCAAUGAUUGAAGAAUUCAAAGCCGACAUUAUAAAAGCCAGAAAGGAUCUGGACCUAGAAUACCAAGAUGUAUCCAAUGAACCUGCGAUCUACCGUGUACACCUUGUAACCGAACCUUCAACCUAUCAUCAAGCCAUGAACAGCGACGAUCAACACCUAUGGAAAAAGGCGAUACAGACUGAGAAAGACGCGCUUCACAAAGCCCAUACCUGGGACAUUGUCAACCGACCAUCCAACCGAGCAGUAGUCCAAGGGAAAUGGGUAUUCAAAGUGAAACACAAUGCGGACGGAACAAUCGAGCGGUACAAAGCAAGGUACGUUGCUAAAGGCUUCACCCAAGUACAGUACCAAGACUACCAUGAGACCUUCGCCCCCGUUGCACGAUAUGAUUCUCUACGACUCCUACUGGCACUAGCUGCACACAACGGUUGGAUACCACAACAAAUGGACGUCAAGUCAGCCUUCCUGUAUGGUGUACUCAAGGAGGAAAUCUACAUGGAACUGCCUGAAGGCUACAGGCAGGACAACAAGCAAUCACCCCGUGAAUGGUAUGCUUGCCUAGCAGACUCCCUUCAACGGAAAGGAUUCGUCCCAGCCAAAUUCAACCCAUGCAUCUUCAUACAUAAGGAUCACCAUCUAUAUAUAUCGGUGUAUUUAGACGAUAUCAUGAUAUUCGGACCCGACUCCCCAUUCAGAAAAGAAAUCAGACAACUACUCAAGGCAGAUUUCGAAUGUACGGAUCUCGGUAACUCGAAGUUCAUACUGGGAAUAGAAAUAACGGUAACCAACAACGGUAUCACGCUAUCGCAACGCGCAUACAUCAACAAGAUCCUGGAUAAAUUUGGAAUGAGUAACUGUAAACCAGUUGGCACACCUCUCGAACCGAACCUCAACCUUCACAAAGGCGAACCGGAAGACCAAAUCGAGAAACCAACUGAGUACCAAUCCAUAAUAGGAUCACUGAUGUACGCGACCAAGCGAACUCUCCGAUAUCUCAACGGAACCAAAGAUUGGAACCUGUUCUACCCGAAGGGGAAUACUAGAACACUCGACGGAUUCUCAGACAGUUCCUACGCUUCAGACCUAGAUGACAGAAAAUCGUUCUCAGGAUACGUGUUCAGACUAGGGAAGUCAGCCAUUAGCUGGAGAAGCCGGAAGCAGAAAUCAGUCGCAGUCUCAACAACAGAAGCCGAAUACAUGGCCCUGUCCCUCGCAGCUCGACAACUGUUGCCGUUACACCCACUCAUCCACGACCGGUCCAAGCACAUCGACGUUCACUAUCACUACACACGUGAACAACUCGAAGCCGGAACCUUCGAAAUCCUCUACGUCCCUACCGAAGACAAUGUCGCGGACAUAAUGACCAAAGGACUACCAAAACCAGCUCACCAAAAAUUGUCAGAAUUGAUACGAUGUGGCAAUGUUGUAGCUGUUACUGGACUAGGCGGACAUGCCUUUGGUUCGUGGAAGGCCAAGGAGAGUGAUUUCAUGUGGCUGAGAGACGCUCUGCCGAAGGACGUUAGCGGUCUUAGGGUUCUGACAUAUGGUUUUGAAUCCGGUCUUGUGGGAAGCACAUCUUUUGCCAGCAUAGGAAGCUAUGCAAAGGAGCUUCUUCGGGACUUGAUAGGUGCUCGAUCCCAUGUUGAUGUGACGCAGCGCCCACUCGUCUUUAUUUGUCACAGUCUCGGUGGUCUGGUUGUUAAACAGACUCUUGUUGCUGCAGCUACAGCACGAAGACCCGGAACAGAUGACAUAUUGGAUCCCGAAAAUGAUAUACUUAAAUCGACAGCCGGUUUACUCUUGUAUGGUGUUCCAAAUAGGGGCCUUAGCGUAGCGAGCCUGGUGCCCAUGGUUCGCGGUCAACCCAACUCAGAACUAGUCGAGGCUCUGAAGCCAGAGUCCACUUAUCUUGAUCUGCUGCAUCAGAACUUUUGCACACAUUUCACAUUCAUGGACGCCGAAAUAAUCUCAUUUUGGGAAACUAAGCUAUCGCCAACUGCUGAGUUGCAAAAGGACGGAACAUGGAAAAUGACUGGUCCUAUGGAGGCUUUGGUGUCCAAGUCUUCAGCAACAAGUAGCAGACCAAACGAGGAAAAUUCCCCUAUCAACAGCUCGCACUCGGAGAUGGUCAAAUUCAAAACGUGGACGGACAGGGACUACACCUUUCUUCGCGACAAGCUCAAACAGUUGCGUGAUGAAGCACCUGGUAUAAUUUUGAAGAGGUUCUCAUUGAUCGGCACAGUCACGGAGGAAGACGAAUUAUUGGGUAGGAAGUAUCGGUGGACACCGCUCAUUCUUGCAAGCCACAAGGGGGACGUCCAAAGGGUCAAGCGACUGUUGCGGGAGGGGGCAUCUGUGAACGAAACGGCAGACAGCGAUGACACUGCUCUUCACCAGGCUGCCUCAAAAGGCUCCGAAGUUCUUGUACGGCUCCUUCUGGAUAGCGGUGCCAGGAUAGAUGCAAAGAACAACUUGGAGCAGACGCCUUUAUCCAAGGCUGCCGAAGAGGGGUGUGAUAACGUAGUUCGUCUUCUCCUCGAGAGAGGUGCAUACAUAUCAACAACAGGAAGGUUUGGUUUCACUCCUUUACAUCUCGCUUCGGCAAACGGGAAAGAGCUGGUAGCAAAAGUAUUAUUAGAUCACAAACCAAGUACUAUCAUUGAAGACCUGGACAUCGCCAACAGAACCCCGCUGCACAUAGCCGCAUUGAAAGGUCAAACCCAACUUACAAAGCUAUUACUCACCCGGAACGCCCAGCAGGAAGCGAUAGAUCGCGAGGGUGACACAGCGCUGCAUCUGGCAUGCGGGAAUGGACACAAGGAGGUGAUUAGAGAACUGUUACUUGUGGGAGCGAACAUUGAGGCAAGAAAUCACAUGGAAUUGACACCGCUCCAUAUUGCAUCAAUUACAGGACAGAAAGCAGUCGUUGAGAUGCUGCUAAGCAGAGGAGCGAAGAUUGAGGCGAGAUCGACGCUUGGGUUCACACCGCUCCAUUGUGCGACUAAUGAAGGCCAUGAUUCUAUUGUGAGGGUGUUACUAGAGCGUUCCGCGUCUUCGGAGGCUACUCGUCCUAAUGGUGAUACCGCUCUGCAUAUAGCGUCAGCAUGUGGGAAGGACACCGUAAUUACUUCAUUGUUGGAUCUCGGUGCAUGCAUUGAGGCAAAAAACACAGAAAUUAGGGCAACACCUUUGCAUCUUGCCGUAAUCAACAAUCAGGUAGGGGCAGCCAGCCUUCUACUAAAUCGCGGGGCAGAUAUCCGGGCCAGAUUGAUUGAUAGAAGGAUGCCUAUUCAUAUUGCAACCCUUCUCGGAUUCGAUCGUAUGGCAUCUCUCCUGCUGGAUCGUGGGUCGGAUAUCGAGGCCAAAUAUGAUGAUACGUUACGGACGCCUCCGAUGUUUCUUGAUGUGCAAGUUUCAGAGAGUUAUACUCUCGCAACACCCCUCAUACUGGCUGCAUCUUGCGGGCACACUUCACUUUGUAAGCUGCUGAUUUCUCGCGGAGCAAACGUGGAAGCGGGGGCAGGACAUUGCACGCCACUGCACGUUGCCUCGAGCAGAAAUGUCGCCGUCAUUUCUACGUUGCUUGAAGCACAAGCAGAUAUUGAGUCCAUUGGCCGUGCCAACACUACCCCUUUGCACUGGGCAUCGGUCUGCGUAUCCGACGAUAGUGUUCGUGCUUUACUCGACCGAGGGGCAGAUAUCGAGGCCAAAACAGAUUUUGGAUGGACAGCCCUACAUUAUGCAUCGAGUUUGGGGCUUGAUCAAAAUGUACGAGCCCUAAUAGGCUGGGGUGCAGAUGUUAACGCCACAGACCGUUCAAGGCGAACGCCAUUAAGCCUUGCAAAGGAUGGAAAGCAUUGGGGUGUCAUUCAGCUGCUAACGGAGCACGGCGCAAGGGAAAGUGUUUGGUGGAGACGUUCACCAGGCCCUACCAUUUCUAGCAGUUCGAAAAAUAGGAUACAGCCUAAAGGGAGUUCGUCUGAACGAGGAAGGAAACCUGCCUCUGGUGGUACCUAUAAUACUGCGGUGCCCAAUCAGUAUCUCGCUAUUCCGCAGCCUUCGGUCCUCACCGGUGAGACUCUAAUGGUGAAUAAUGCAGGAUCAUCUAAGAGAAAGAGAGAUGAAUUCGGAUUGGAUGAGGAGAUAAAUGGAAGUAAGAGAAGAAGGGAGUAUAACGAGCAGCAGCAUGAAGGAGGGAAGGAGAGCGACGACGAACAGGGUGCAGUUGGAUGGGCCCUAUCUAAGCUGGGUAUCAAGUGGUGGUGA